UUCGCCCAUAUGCAUCGUGCUCCGAAGCACCUUUCCUGAAGCUCGCUGGAACCUGUACCCCGCUGGCCUGCUCGUCGACGCCUUCUUAGUGGAUUGUGAAUACGUUUCCCACUUUCCUGCACUAGGAACAUGGCAGAUGCACGUCACGAAGAACCGCACCUUGUUUCGCUUGUCCUGCAGUCGAAGAAGGCGUUGCAACAGGGCGAGCAGCUAUGCGCCAACGCGCGUACGGUGUCCAUGCAAUCUGCACAGAUUGCAGUAGAUGUGCUCGCGCUCGAUGCGAAAGUGCGUUGGAUGACCGACGCGGUCUUGGAACAGCUGAAGCUUGCCGCUGGUGUGGCCAAGAUUAUCGAGCAGAAACGUGUGCAGCUUGAGACCCAGGCCAAGGAGUGGGACGAUAUUAGGAAACAACAUACGGGUGCCCUUGAUGCUAUUCUGGACUCGCUCGGCUCGCAAGUCGUUCCACCGGACUUCCAUUCUACCUCUCCCGUGUCGUCGCUCUUCGGCAGCCAGAACGCUUCCGAAGACGAGACAGAACAGACAAAGGCGUAUUUCAAACCCGGGCAAAGUCCCACUGAGACCUUGCGCGACGUGCUAUGCCACAGCAUGCGCAACUCGAAGGGCAGGCAGCGUGAAUCUGACCGAACGAGGUGGAAGACAUUGCGUGACUUCGUGGACGAACGGUCUAUAGAAGACUUGCUGGAGAACAUCGAGUCUGAACGGAGUGUAUUAGAUGACAUUCUGGCAAAGACGUCAGACUAUCCCGAAUCACUCAACGGUACGAUAACCGCCGUUCGGUCCUCGUUACCCUCGGAAAUCAUCAUACCCCCUAUGGAUGAUAUUUUCUCGUCUCAGGAGACAAUUUCUAUGGAUAUGGCCAAUCACCUCUCUAGCCUGACUCGACAUUACGAUCAGAUGGUGCAGGCUUUGCACGAAAGUGAAGCUGGUGAGGUCUUUAGCGAGGCGGAUAUACAAGAGAUUAAACGUGAUACGGAAGAGCUCCCGAACAUCAUCAAGGACCUCGAGAAGAGCGGCGCUGCUAUAAGUGCUUCUCACGAACAGUUGCUCUCCGCGAAACGCAUUGCAGAAGAACAGCUUGGCUCUCACAGAGCGGCCCUAGACGACUUAGAUGAUCUUGGGGAUAUCAUGGCCGAAAUGCUGGAGCGCCAGCAGGCGGCAGAGAACGAGUUUGUUGACCAUCUAGCGCUGCUGCACACUAACCUCGGCGUAAUUGAUGACCUUCAUGCUCGUUACACUAUGUAUCAAUACUCGUACUGCAAGCUGGUCGUAGAGUUGGCGCGUCGACGAGAGUAUGCAGAAGCCGCAGCGAAGAUCGUCCAGAGUAUGACGUUGCAGCUGGAAGCUUUAACCGAUGAGGAAAGACAGCGAAGAGAGCAAUUUAACGAGAUGCACGGUGAUCAUCUUCCAUCCGAUGUGUGUCCCGCAAUGCAGAAUCCGCCGACACGAUAUGAAAUCCUGCCGUGGAACAACGAGCCUGAAGAGACGUUACCGUCAAUUCCUGCCGACCUACUGCAACAGGUAACAUUACAUGUACCGCAGAGUUGACUGAACACUGAUGAUUCGCGUCGUUAGGCAAUGGAUCGAAUAAGGACUACGGACGAGAGUCUGAGUGCGAGCCAAAGCCUAUAGACGCAGAUGACUCGUCCCGUGUAUUUAGUAACGAUAAUAGUGCUGUUUGAGCAACGAGCUCUCCGAGAUAAUCUAGCGAAUGCUUCAAAUCGCAAUGAGCUGCUGCUUGUGUACAAUCGGAGGACCGAAGAGUAGCCAUGACAUUCUCCCGCAAUGGUGAAUUGCUUGCAGCGCACCAAGCCUGCGACUUGAGUAUGUGAAAUCUUUAAAGGGACUCAGAUGGUUAAUAUUGCGCACUAGAACGUCCCUGUCCGUACAAUAAUACUUUCGAGGAUGGCAUAAGCAUGAUGCAGCGGGGCAAGAUGUUUAAUUUGCAAGCGGUGUCACCGAGCCUCGAACUGGACCACUGCAAGGAGAUGAGAGCAAAUUUCGAGGGCACAUAGCGGUUACGCACUUCGCCUUGUUCUCUUCUUAUACAUUAUACGGUGUCCGCACUCUCUGCAGCGAAUGGGCUCUCGCGACUUGAUUUCGUUUUUAGCACCACAAUCUGCGAGCACGGGUUAAGC